CCUUUGAAUUUAUCCGUGAUAUGCAUAAAAUCGUGCAGAUGGUACACGUUUACGUAUUCAGUGAUGCGGUUCUGUAAAACUGAGCGAAAAAAAGCAGUGACAGAGAGAAAAUACUGUACGUGAUUCGGACCACAACGCAGAAACUGUACAAGCGCUUGCUCAUUCAAAAAUAAUACUGUAGUCUAUACGUCAGUAACUGAAACAAUUCAAACAGACAAGAGGCGGUCUUUGGAACAACAACGAAAGAAAACGAAACAAUUUGAGUCCAAAAGCUUAUUCAACGUUGAUUACGAAUGUUUCCAAAGAAACUUCUGCAUUUUCCGAUUUACCAAUGCCCGAGGAAUGGCCCGCUUACCAAACGUGGCAACAAUAUUACCAGUAUUUCCACUUGUAUGCUGAUAAGUUCGAUCUUCGUCGAUACAUACAUUUCAAUGUAUCAGUUGAGGAAGUUGUUAAAUCAGAAAAUUACAUUGAAACAGGAUCUUGGGUUGUGCAAACAAGAGAUGUGACGACUGGAAAAGAGAAAAAAGAAGAAUUCGAUGCAGUGAUCGUUGCAUCCGGAAGAACAGGGAAACAGAUCUGGGUCACUUAUCCAGGAUUGGAAGACAAAUUUCGGGGAAAAGUUUUACACAGCGGUAACUACGAGUCGGCAGAAGAAUUUAAAGACAAGUCAGUUCUCGUUAUCGGCGCAAGUAACUCGGGUUGUGACGUGGCAGUUGAUUCGUCCUCUUACUGCAAGGAUGUAUUCAUCAGCACUCGUAAUGGAUUCUGGCUUGUGCCCCGAAUAUUUACUCAUGGCAAGCCUCUAUUAAUGGCGUUAUCAAAUCGGUUCAAGAGAGGCCUACAAAGCUUUGUACCAGGUUGGAUAAUAAACAAAGUGUUUAUUGGAAUGGCUGAAGUCAGAAUGAACCAUGAGGCUCUUGGUAUUCGUUCCAAGUUCGGUCCCAUGAACCCAAGAGCUACAGUAACUGUCAGCGACGAAUUGCCGCUGAAAAUUUACUCAGGUCUGGUGAAAGUAAGACCAGAAGUUAAAAGUUUCGGAGAGGAUCACGUGACAUUUGUAGAUGGAAAAACGGAGGCGAUUGAUCUUAUUGUCAUGGCGACAGGAUUCGCGCCAAAAUUUGAAUUUCUUUCGAAAGAUAUUAUCCCAGAACAGCCAGAAGACAUGCGACUUCAUAAAUGGAUUUUCCCCUUCAAUCUUGAGCAUCCUUCUACAUUAACUUUCGUGGGUUCUUGUAUGCCAGUGGGUAGUGGCCCUCUUAACAACACACACGAAUUACAGGCACGCUACGUCACUCAAGUAUUGAGUGGCAAAACGAAGCUCCCUUCUGCUGAUAGAAUGCAGAAUAUGUGGUCGGAUCAACGGAAAGAGAUGCUCAAGAAAACUGGGGGAGUUUUUAAAUUCAAGGUCCCUAUAUUCGAGUACCAGGAAGAAAUAGCUGGUGAGAUCGGGGUGUUGCCAUCAUUCUUCCGCCUUCUUUUCACCGAUCCUCGGCUGGCGUUCAAUUUUUACUUCGGUCCUUUGCUACCUUACCAUUACAGGAUUGUAGGCGAGAAUUCUAAACCAGAAUGUCGGGAAUAUGCACUUAACGCUAGUGCGAGAACAUGGGCUGCCUUUAGAUAACUGUAUUAUUGUUUCUUCUCAAAUACCACGUUCGUGGUAAUUCUAAUACAUUUCAAAUCGUUUACUAUACUAUAUUACCAAGUUCAAUGGUAGCCUGUGCGGUAAGACAACAGUACACCUUUAGCACAUAAUAUCCGAAUAUCCGGAUCAGAGCAUGUUUUCAACAAUCUAUAGAAGUCGUGAAGCUACGGUUUUAUAAUUCUUUGAAUGUUCUUUGUUUACUACCAAAUGGGAAAUGAAAAUGGAACGAUAGGGUGUCUCAUCUUUCCCAAUCCUACUAAACAUUUCUAAGAACUGCAUCUUUACCAAUUGUAAUAUGCAAGCGCUUAUAAUUUUUCUCGGGCUUAUAUAAUUUACAGAGAUUUUGCAAACGUUUUUUCACUAUUUUACCUGAUUACCUUUAACUUAAAACGUUGUUUUUAUGCAUAUCGACGGCGAGUUAUCAUCAAUACAGUGUAUGUAAAUUUAAUAAACCUAUGCAAAAAAA